GAAUAGGAAACAGGAGGUGAGGAGACUGUUUCAAUCCAGCCUGUAAACUACUAGACCCUAGUAACGUUUCAAAUAAACUUGGCAUCACAGCACAGCUGACGUUUUGAGGUACAUAAUGCUACACAAAAACAGUAUUAAAUUUACCCUGAGGGCUGUGAUAAUUAUCCUUACAUUCGCACACAUACAUGCAGCGGUUGUGCACAGCCAUUCAAGUCAUCUGAACAAAGAACGAGAAAAUGAUGGCGCCUACAGUCCACGCGACCGGGGACAUAACGCCGAUACAGAGCAACACAAUAACGAAUUUGAUCACGAGUCGAUACUCGGAAGCGCUAAAGAUGCGGAAGAAUAUGAUCAUCUGCCACCAGACGAAGCCAAAAGACGCUUGAAAAUCUUGUUGAAAAAGAUGGAUCUAAAUAAAGACGAGCAGAUCGAUAGAAAAGAGUUGAAAGCUUGGAUAUUACGUUCAUUUAAAAUGUUAUCCAAGGAAGAGGCUGAUGAACACUUGGAGGAUGCAGAUGAUAAUGGAGACGGAAAGGUGUCAUGGGCGGAAUACCUGACCGACUCGUAUGGUUCUGAUGCAGAUGAUGAGGAUUCCUUUAAGUUAGAUAAGGAAAAUCAGCUGCUGAUAGAAGAUGAUAAAACUAUGUGGAAGGCGGCCGAUUUUAAUGGUGACGGAUUGUUGGAAGGGGAUGAGUGGGUAGCAUUUUCGCAUCCAGAGGAGCAUCCCGAGAUGCUUCCCCAUAUUUUAGAGCAAACGCUAAGGGAUAAAGAUGUUAACAAGGAUGGCGCGAUCGAUUUUCAAGAAUUUAUUGGUGAUCGUGGUCUCGAUCACGAUCAGGAGUGGUUAUAUACGGAGAAGGAGAAAUUUGAUCAAGAACUUGACUUAAAUCGAGACAGCAAGUUAACAGGAAAUGAAAUAUUGUCCUGGAUCGUACCAAGCAAUGACGAAAUCGCACAAGAAGAAGUCGAUCAUCUUUUUGGAGUUAGCGAUGACAACGAGGACGGAAUUUUGAGUUUUAACGAGGUAUUAGAGCACCAUGACACGUUCGUCGGUAGCGAGGCUACAGAUUACGGUGAUCAUCUCCACAACAUUCAUCAUUUCGAAGACGAAUUAUAAUUCUUAUUGUAACUAUUUAUUUAUUGAAAAAUGUAAAUAUUGCUUACUUACACAAUUUUUUUAUAUUGUAACUUUUUGUGCCAUAUACUUAGGGAGUAAUCAAAAGUGAGACUUAAUACAAUAGUUGUAUAUCGUAAUGUU